UAACCCCCUAUAUUUCACAUAAUCAUGUUAUAUUUUAUCAAUUUUUCUAAUUAAUAGACUUAAUGGGUAAACAUAAACAAGGACGAGAUAACCAAGUACGGAAGAUAAGCUUGGCCAUCUAUUUUCUUUGUCUCCUCCUAGCUUUUUCCUAAACAGAAAUCUCGUCACAUUGUGCUUCUUAAUACGUAGUAUUGUUGUUUAAUAAAUCAUCAAUAGUUUACAAAUUAAAUAUCCAAACAAGAACAUAAAGAAUGGGCAAAGAUAAUAACUUAUGGUUUAAUCAUAAUAUUUCUAUAUUAUUUUCUAUUAUUUUCAAUAUGUUUAUACAUGUAUAUUUUGACAUGAUGAUGUUUUCUAGGUAGUUGAAGUGCAUUUCAACAUAUCCAUGCAUUGCGGUGCAUGUGAGAAAAAAGUGGCCAAUAUCAUCUCCAAAAUUAAAGGAGUUGAAAAGUUUAUUACUGAUAUGAGAAGACAUAGAGUAAUAGUAACAGGGAGAUUUUGUCCGGAGAAGAUUUCAAAGAAACUAAAGAAAAAGACGGGGAAAAAAGUGAAAAUUAUAAUAUUUGAAGACGGUGAUAAUAAAGAUAAGAGAAUAACAUCAAAAGAAGGAGCAACGAAUUUGGGUGGAGACGAUUCCGAUCAUCAUACUAUUAUUUUAGAUAAAUUUUCAAUAUUGUAUGAUGGAAAUUGUGGGAAUGAUAACACAAUAUUUACAAUAUUUAGUGACGAAAAUGCAAACUCUUGCUCGAUAAUGUAGUUUAAUGCGACAAUAUUGUGAUUCAAUAAUAUCUAAUACAUUUUUUAUUCUUUUAGUUUGAACA